AUGCGGUUCCUUGGAAUAAUUCCCGGCCUGUCACUGGCAUAUGCGGCCCUGGCCGUUGCCAGCGAUGCCAAGAAGCCCAACAUAAUCCUGAUCAUGUCGGAUGAUCAAGACCGCAGGAUGGGGUCUACCGACUUUCAGCCGGUGUUGCGUCGCGACAUCUUUGAGCAGGGAGUCCAGUUCAUCAACCACUUCACCAACACGGCGCAGUGCUGCCCGUCGCGUGCCGGGCUGUUGAGAGGACAAGUGACUCACAACACCAACAACACACACGUGAUAGCACCUGGAGGGAGUUAUGACAAGUGGCUGGCGGCUGGUUUGGAUGAGGACUACCUGCCUCAUUGGAUCAAAAAGGCUGGCUACAAGGCCGAGUAUGUUGGAAAGUUUUUGAAUGGCAAUGCACCCAAGGGCUGGGAUCACGUUGAUGCUUUGCUUGAUCCCUACACGGCCUACUAUAAUGUGCCCGUCAUGUCUCAGAACGGUGAGCGUCCGGUGUACUACAAGGGGUUUCAUAGCACCGAUGUGGUUCGCAUCAAAGCGUUGGCCCGGCUGGAUGGCCUGUUGAAGCAGGCUGAUCCGUUCUAUCUCCAAAUCUCGCCCUAUUCGCCACACGUCCAGAACGACGUCAACACGGCGACUCCGCUUGCGCGCCACAUCGACACGCUCAAAGGGCUGCGGGUGCCACGACAGCCCAACUACAACCCCGCAGACGAGUUCCAGGCGGGCAUCGGAGGGUGGCCUCGCGAUCUUCCUCUGCUCAACACGGGGGGAAUGGCGCAGUGGUUAAGCGCCAUGGCUCGCAGGGCCGAGGCGCUGCAGGGCGUGGACGAGAUCAUCGAGGACGUGGUGGCCAUGCUCGAGGCCAACGGACAGCUGGACAACACAUAUGUGGUCUACACGUCGGACAAUGGCUACCACCUCGGGCAGCACCGUCUACCGGGAGGCAAGGCGCUCUUUUACGGCGAGGACACCAAUCUGCCGUUUGCGGUGCGCGGGCCGGGCGUCCCCAAGAACAUCACCUCGACGAUCCCCGGCGUGCACGUCGACCUGGCGCCGACCUUUUUGGACAUUGCCGGGCUUCCCCAGGCCGACUGGCCGCCGUUCCUGGACGGACAGAGCAUCCUGGCGCAGUGGAAGAACCCCACAGGGGACACGGGGCCCGGGGCGGGCGACGGCAACAGCAAGGAGACGCUGGCGGUGGAGUUUUGGGGCUCGAACACGGUGGAGGCGCCCAACGGCGGGGAGCUCGGGGCGCCCUUCACCAACAACACGUUCAAGACGGUGCGGAUCCUGGGCGACCGGCAGUCCUGGCUGUACUCGGUGUGGUGCACGGGCAAGGCGGAGCUGUACGACACGGUGGCGGACCCCUACGAGCUGGUGAACCUGGUGGGCAGGCCGGAGCACGCGGCGUUGGAGCAGCGGCUGAACGCGCUGCUGCUGGUGACCAAGUCGUGCGCCGAGGGGACGUGCCGCGACCCGUGGUCCGUCUUCAACGCGGCGCAGCCCUACAACGUCACGACGGACCCGACGGCGCCGGCGGAGGCGGACAAGAUCUCGAACCUGGCGCAGGCCCUGGACCCGAAAUACGACGCCUUCUUCGUGUCGUUUCCCCGCGUCGCCUUCAAGACCUGCCCGCAGGCGCAGGUGGUGGCCAACGAGGCGCCGUUCUACCCGGCGGCGGCGGCGCAGGGGCUGGGGCUGGCGCACCGGCGCACCAUGGACAGCUUUGUCGUCACCAGCGCCGGCGUGGCCAUUGCCGACAAGAACCUGUACGGCACGCCCGAGCAGCGCAACGCCACGCUCGAGCAGGUCUACGCCAACGCGCGCAACCUGACCGACGAGGAGAUCGCGGUGCCGGCGAACGGAGGGGCGGCCGUGGCCAAGAGGUGGGGCGUGGAGCCGCUGCCGGAAUGGAUUCGGCUGGGUCACGACUAG